AUAAACUUCCUUGGUCGUGCUCAUUUUGUGCAAAAUGGACAUACCAAUAAUAACAAAAGUUACCAAUUAUAAAAAUCGGGAAGUAAUGCACAAAUGGACCGACGAAGAAGUGCGCAUAUUAUUGGAUUGUAUGAUUGAACGCGGCACCAUCGGUUUACCUGCAGACCGUGCUUACUAUGACGAAUUAACUGUGGCAUCUAAACUCCCUAUAAAGCCAAAUGUAACAAGACAAAAGGUGCGUUACUUAAGAAGCACAUAUCUCAAAACUGUAAGUUGGUUGCAAAGAUUAAAUGAAAGAGGUGUGCAGCAAUGGGAAUUGGCCGAUGUUAGACAAAAAGUACGUGAAAUGUGCCCAUUCUAUGCGCGACUGCGGCACAUCUUUGGCAAUAAAUUGUCAAAGAGUGAGAGCGCGGAGGACAAAACAUCAACGGAUUCAAUUAAGGAGCUGGAGUUUGAUGCCUUUUUAGCUGCAUUGGAUGUCAACAUAAUUGAACCCAAACUGGACUUGGAGUCACCCGAUUUUGAGGAGCUUACUUUGGAAUCGACAACAAUCACCAAUCAUUACCUUAGCAACAUUAAUAACGAUCUUGACGACAAAUAUGCCGAGCGCAUUUUGGAUGAUUAUAAUAGUCCACCCGCAUCAACGGCCACAAAUUUAAAGAGCAGCAACUCACGGGGUCAAAUCAGCGCUGUUGAGGAUGUGGACAUUUUGAGAAAAGCGCGCUUGCAUUUGGAGAGUGAAAAACUUGAGUUUGAAAGAUACAAAUUUGAUAAAAUGUUGGAAUUAAAAAAACUCGAAAUGGAUAGAAAUUACGAGCUAAGAAAAUUGAAAUUGGAACAAGAGGAACGUUUCAUUAAUUUGAAGCGAAAAUAUCAUGAUAUAUUUGAUACAAGUUAAUAUUAUUUUAUUUUUAGAAGUCGCUAAUUCUAGCCAGAGCAAUACCUUGUUUAUGUCUUGAGGAGUUAACACCCCAAACUGCCUGAUUUUAAAUACAUAUAUAAGCAAAAUAUAGUACUUAUGCAAAUAAAAUAAUUAAUUAUAGAUACAUAAAGAUCAUUUAAACAUUGUAGUUUUGAAUCUAUCUGUAUACAUAUUUAUAUAUGUUAUUAAAACUAUCAUUCAGUGAAUGAGACUGAUUUAUAUUAACUGAACCUAUAAAGAAAUCAAAACCACUGCGUAGUGUCUUCACUAAAGUACCUGGUGUGAGAAUAGCGGAGGAGGGCUUCCAAAAUGUUUUAAUAAAAUGGUGGUCGAAUUAGAUGCUUGGGUUUCCAAAUUAUUUGUAGAACAGCAUCCAAAA